AGCGCUGAACCGCUGAACCGGUGAACCGGUGAACCGCUGAACCGCCUCCGUCUGUAUAUGAGUCAGAUAUCGGUUUCAUUUCUGACUGAGACAGACACGCCGGAUAACUAACGGAAGAAAGCAAAAAUAAAGCAGCGCAGCGUUAUUAUUAUUACUGAAGCGAUCACUCUCUAUAUUGAUCGGAAGAGAGCUGGACGGUCAUGGUCGCGGUGGGGUUUGAUAUCGGAUUUCAGAAUUGUUAUAUCGCUGCUGUGAAGAACGGAGGGAUUGAAACUGCGGCUGAUGAGUUGAACUAGUAAUCAGAAGGUUGCUGCGCUGUUGUGACGUUUGGGCCAAAGAACAGAUCCGUCGGAAACGGUGCCAAAAACCAGAUCAUAACCAACAUUGGCAGAACUGUGUAUCAUUUCAAGAGAUUUCAUGGCAGACUCUUUCAGGAUCCCAUGGUCCAAGCAGAGAAGGCCAACAAACCAAUUGAGCUGGUCACAUUGUGUGAUGACAGAGUUGGUGCAAAGGUUACAUACAUGGAGAAGGAGCACCGGUUUGGCAUCGAGCAGAUCACCGCCAUGCUACUGACCAAACUGAAGGAAACUGCGGAGGCCAACUUACAGAAGAGAGUAGUGGAGUGUGUCAUCUCUAUCCCCUCAUUCUUCACUGAUUCAGAACGGAGAUCAGUGCUGGACGCUGUCAAGAUCGCCGGCCUGAAUUGCCUGAGGUUGAUGAAUGACACCACAGCCAUGGCACUGAAUUAUGGCAUAUACAAGCAAGAUUUGCCCAGUCCUGACGAGAAGCCUAAGAUCGUCUUCUUCGUCGACAUGGGGCACUCAGCACUUCAGGCGUCUGCCUGCGCCUUCAAUAAAGGAAAGCUGAAGGUGCUCUCCACUGCUUUUGAUCCAUGCUUGGGAGGCCGGGACUUUGAUCAGAGACUGGUGGAGCACUUCUGCGCCGAGUUCAAGGCCAGGUACAAGCUGGAUGUGAAAUCCCGGCGUCGAGCUCUGGUGCGACUCCAGCAGGAGUGCGAGAGACUCAGGAAGCUGAUGAGCAGCAACUCUACAGAUAUUCCCCUGAACAUCGAGUGCUUUAUGGAUGAUAAGGACGUGUCGGGGAAAUAGAACAGGGCUAAAUUUGAGGAGCUGUGUGCCAAUCCGAUUGAGAGGGUGUCCGUUCCUUUAAUGGCCGCUCUGGACCAGGCGCAGGUGCAGAUGCAGGACAUCAGUGCAGUGGAGAUUGUCGGGGGAGCAACACGCAUCCCUGCUGUGAGAGCUCAAAUCAGCAAGUUCUUUAAACGGGAGGUCAGCACUACUCUGAACGCAGAUGAGGGCAAUGAGGCUGUAGCCAGAGGCUGUGCUUUACAGUGUGCCGUGCUGUCCCCUGCAUUCAGAGUGCGAGAUUUCUCCAUCACAGACGUCAUCCCAUUUCCAGUCUCUCUAGCCUGGAGCAACGAAGCAGAUGAAGCCACAUCUCGCCAUCAACUAUUCGCCAAGAAUCAUCCCUGUCCAUAUUCCAAAGUUAUCACGUUCCACAGGAACAAACCACUUGUCCUGGAGGAGUUUAAUUCAGAUCCUAAACCUCUACCCUUUCCUGAGGCUCAGAUUGGGCAGUAUAAAGUCCAGACUAUCCAAGUCCAAAAUAAUGGUGAGAAAUCCAGGGUAAAGGUAAAAGUUCAGGUGAAUGCCAGUGGCAUUGUUGAGGUGGUUUCAGCCACUGCUGUGAUGAAGAUCAGCUCUGUAGAUAACGAGGUGGAACUGGGAGAAACCGUCACUGAGGGAAUGAGCAUCCAGGAAGGCUCUGAAGAAAUUGAUGGACAGGUUAAAAGACAAGAGACAAACGAUCAUUCACAAGUCCCGCUAGACAGGGAAACCCCAGCCCAGUGCCCCCCCAUGGAUAAAGAGCCGAAUCUUUCUCACCCACUGGGCCAGAACGGAGAGGCGAGUGGUCAUCCACCCAGUGCUAAAAAAGCCUAGAUGAAGGUCAAACAUGUGGCUCUGCCAAUCGAAGAAAGGAUUACUCUGCAGCUCCCCAAGGAUCACGUUAAUACCCUCAUAGAUCUGGAGCAACAGAUGAUCCAUCAGGACCAGCAGGAGAAGGAAAGGAACAACGCCAAAAAUGCAGUGGAAGAGAGUGUGUACUUCUAUCGACAUAAACUGGAGGGUCCCUAUCAAUCCUUCAUAGGUGCCAGUGACCAGCAGAAGUUCAUGGAGCUUUUGAAUCUGACAGAGAACUGGUUGUAUGAGGAGGGUUCAGACCAAGACAAGCAGACAUACCUGCACAAACUGUAAGAGCUCCAUAUUCUGCUGAACGUGUGUGAGGAAAUUGUUUCCAAACCCAGGCCUCGAGUGGACCCUCCUGAUGAGGACAGCAUGCAGACAGAGAGCACAGUUAAUAAGGAGAGUCCACAAGAGGUCUCCAUGGAGUGCAAUGAGAUUUUAGAAAGUGAUGAGAACGGCAGUCGUGAUGGAGAAAGGCAGCCUUGAUGGAGACUGCUCAGCCUGUAUUUUACACACUCAUGUACUGUAACUGUGUCAGGCUGUAAUAUAUAUUGCCUGCUACUUAGCUUUGUAUUUGAAACCGGUCUUGUGUUUCUUUUGUUUUGUGUAGGAUGGUAUAGAGUAGAGAUGGACCGAUCGGGUUUUUUGGCAUCGAUUGCGAUCUCCGAUCUCCUUUCAGGGCAAUCGGCCGAUAGUCGAUUUCGAUCGGGGUGUGGGGGGGGGGGUGACAUGCAAUUUUUAGCGCAAAAUCAGCAGUAAAUAAUAAAGUAACCAAACAAUUAUUUUUUUCACCCACAGGAGACAUAUCUUAUUAGUCUAACUGACCACACACACACACACACACACACAGGUUUAAUGUUAUCCAGUUUAGUCUGAAAAAAACUUAAAAAGAGCCUCACAGUGAAGAUAAACCGAAAGCAACAGCGUGUGUGUGUUUCUUUAAAAAAACGCUUUGUUCACAGUGUCGCUUUAAAUGAUUCUGAUUCAGGAGUCGAAUGUGACGCGUAAGUUUCUCUCUCCGUGUUUACUGUUAUUAAUAAAUGCUGUGGUUUUAAAUAAACACCAGCUACUACAGAACAUUUUGUGUGACUUUCUUACAUUAAAAAGCUUCAUUAAAAAGCUUAAUUAAACCGCUAUUACCACAGAGCGGUCACCGAGUCAGACUCGUUCCGUCUGUGGAGCUAAAAGUUCUGAUUACCCUAAAAGUUUAGCAGAUGAUCCUGAACUAACGAAUUUGGUAAUGAAUAAACUUUUGCCUCUGAUUGGCUCUGUAACGUUUCUGUUCUCAUUUACAUCAAAAGCAAUGAAUAAUGUGCUGAUAGAAUCGGCUCAGAUGUGACCGGGUUGUAUUAUCUUUUUAAAGUAAAUAUUUCAGUCAGCAAAAUGCAUCGUAUGUAUGAUGCACAACGUUAAUUCUGUUAUUUUAGGUCGUGAAGAGCUUUCAUGAUGGUUUCUGUAUGAUGGUUGAUGAAUGGUGAUGUGAUGGUUCGUGUUUUGUAGCGCAAAGUCUGGAUCAAUUCACUGAGCUGUUAAGCUUAACGUGAUCUUUAUAUAUCAAGUGAUCGGAUCGGCUACAUUUGGGAAAUAUCGUCCGAUCGUCGAUAGCAUAUUUUGAUUGAAAAUCGGCCGAUAUCGAUUUAAAGUCGAUCGAUCGCCCCAUCUCUAGUAUAGAGUAGGGCUGGGCGAUAUUACGAUACGACACGAUAUAAUGUAAACUUAACAAAGUACAAUGGCAGACCACUGCUCAUAUUCUGAGUCUUUAUAUUUUGAACUAUUACAACAAAUCAGCAGAAACUCACAAUUACAUUUCGUCUGUCCAUUUUACUUCAAAAAAGUAUCAAAAAAAUCCCGAAAAAGUUCAAUAUUUGAUAAUGCUUUGCUAUCAUUGCAAAAUGAAAGCGCAUGGUAAACAGCAGCACCGUGACCCAGAUCAGCGGCAUGAAAUUAUAACCGCUGCUUACCUGAGCUUCUGUUCCUCAAAUUGAGACCAAAGCUAUAUCAGUGUGUUGUUCCAUUAGGGAUAUAAUCCACUUUUUUGUAAAUGUUUUCCUUUAUGCUCCCAGAAUAUUUACUGCACAAAACUCUACUCUGUUGCGCAUCAUCCCUACGUCUUUUUUGGUAUUAAAUCUUCGCCACUUAGUUCAUUUUUCUUCAUAGUUGCCGGACUUAUUAGUUAUUAAUGAGGUAGACAUGAAUGAGCUUAAUGAACGUGGGGAAAAUUAGUAUAGCGGCACCCACUGAUAAUGGUGGGCCCAUGUGGCGUAUGUAUGUGUGCAUGUGUGAAAGAGAACAUGGUAACCUGUGUAUCCUAGGCAUACUCGAUAUAACGAUAUGGUCAUUUUCAACAUCGUGUAAAAUGUAAUAUCAAAUAUAUCCAUAUUUUUCGAUAUACCACCCAGCCCAGUUUCUUUGCACUUUUUCAUUUUGUUAAAAUUUAGAGUGAAAUAUUCCUUCGGUUUCUUGUUCGCACUGAGCCAAUGCUUGAAGUUCCAGGAUUUAUUGCAUCAUUUGUUUUUUUCACAAAGUUUAGAUUUAAAUACAUGUUAUAUGUGUGUGUGCGCAUCAACAGAAAAACCAUCAGCAGAAAUAUAAUUACAAUAAAAUCCAAAUAAAACACUAGUCCUAGAUCCUAAAACUUGUAAAGUUUUCAGUUUCCUGAUUGCAUGUAAAUCUGUCCUGUUUCUGUCUAAUUUUAAGAAAUUGUUCUAUAUUUGUUGUUCUCUCUCAUAAUUUAGCUAAUUUUUAAUGAACUGUCUUA